CAUUUUGGAAUUAGGGUUCUAAAACAUUUUCACCAAACCUUUGUUCCAUUUCUGCACAGAGUGACUCACUCACAAGUCACAGACACCAGAAUUUGGGUGCUGUGUCCCACCCUUUGCUUCCACCUCAACCAUUGACACUUUGCUCCCACUAUUAAUCUCCCAAAGCUCUAACCACUCUUUCCUCUUUGUCUUUUCUUUUUCCAUUGCCCCCUUAUUCUCUCUCUCUCUCUCUCUCUCUAAUGCCAGCUUCAUCCUACCCCUUUGAAUUCCCUUCACCCCUAUCUUCAAUUUCGAAUCUUUCUUGAAAUUUCUUAAGAACCCUUGUUUUCCCUUGGUUUUUGUUGAUCUGGGUCGGUGUCAGAUCUCAAUUUGGAGUAUUGCGUGUGUGUGUGUGGUUGAAUUCCAAUGUCGCAAGGUUACGCAAUUGAGCUGUAUUUGGACCCUGCGCUAGAAAACCAGGUUUUGAAAGCAUGGAACGUUCUUGCUCGGAGACAAAUCAGCACACAGUUGAUCGAAAUGGAAUCACGACCUCACAUCACACUCUUCUCCACACCAUUCAUCGACCCUUCAAAGCUUGAGUCACUGGUCAAGACCUUCGCUUCAAAGCAAGAGCCUUUGCCUCUCUCAUUCUCUUCAAUUGGUACACUCCCUAAUGACAACAACAUCCUCUUCCUCUCACCAACACCUUCAGUGUCAUUGCUUCAGUUUCAGUCACAGCUCUGUGAUGCUAUCAAGAAGGAAGGCAUUGACAUUGGUGAAGACUAUGCAUUCAAUUGUUGGAUCCCUUAUUGUUCCGUUGCUCAUCAUGUUCCCAAAGCGAGGAUGGCUGAGGCUUUCUCUGUCUUAAGGGACUUGAAAUUGCCUGUUAAUGGUUAUGCUACUGACAUUGGCCUUGUUGAGUUUUCCCCAGUUCGUGAGCUCUUCUCCUUUGUGCUUGGCAACAAUGUAGAACCAUGAGGUCCAUUUUUACCACCUUACUAUUUCUAGUUUCCUUCCCUUGAUGUCCUUGCAUGUCACUUGGGAUUGUAAAGAAACUAGUAUUUGCUCAUUCUUAGGUUGGAACUUCUUGAGAUUUCUAGGUAUGUUCACAAUAUUUGAAGGAAUCAUUUAUGAUUAGUUUUGGAAACUUUGGCAGGAGUAUAAAGGAAAUGUUGUGUGGACAUUUGCCUUUUAUACUUUUGGCUGGAAUAAUUCAACUUCUUUCGUAUAAAAUGGUUCUUCUGGAUAUAUUUGAAUCAUGUCACUGUUCCUUGGGAAGUGGGGAAAGGGUACGAUACUCUGUUAUUUUGAUUGUUAAUCAUUUGAUGCCAUUGUAGCUGUCAUAGCUGGCUUCCUUUAGUUUCAAGUUUCUCCUAAUAUCAACAUUUGAGCUAUGGUAAUA